UUCGUUUAGGUCACAAAGCUAAAAUCAGCUGUUUCGAUUGUUUCUGUUUCUUGUAUUAUAACAAGAUGAACGAUCCAAACAAGGCAAUCAGCGUUAAUUUAUCGUCGCUGUUGAGUUUAAAAGCAGAAUUACUGCGUAAACAGCAAGAAGUCAAGGUGGCCAAGGCAACUAAAGCGACAGCGAAAGAAUUUAAGCCCUCGAAAGUCAGCAGCGAAAAGGAAAAGUCGAGCACUAGCAAAGCGCGCAAUUACCAAGAGAUUGAAAGUCGCAGCGAUGGUGCCAAGGUGUAUGAAACGGAGGAUUAUGCGCAGCUCGACAAGUCGCGUCGUCUGCUGGAGGCAAAGAGCAAAUUCUAUGAUCGCAUGAGCCGCUCUGGCGGCACCCUUAAUUCUGAUGAGAAUUGUCUGGUAAUGUUCAAUCGCAAGCGUCAAGACGAGCAGCCAGAACCAAGUUAUGCUUUGCGUGAAAGACUCAGCAGUAGCAGUCACAGCGAGAACACGGAUGGUGAGCUGGAUGACGAUGUGUGCAAUGAUGAUGACGAAGUGGAGUAUGUAGAUUGCUUGGGACGUACGCGUAAAUGUUUAAAAAAAGAUCUUGCCGAGGCCAAGUCUCGGGACAAGAAGUUGGCAGAUAGCAUGCCUGAACGACUGGACCAAACGAAAGCUAAUUGGAUGAUAGACACACAAGGCACGCUUAAUAAUCACAACAGCGAUGAUGAUGAAGAUAAUGAGCCUAGCUAUGGACCACGGCCCACAGAGAGUGUGUUCAGUGAGGCGCUGUCUACAAUGACAAAGCAUGAUGAGCAACGCAUGAACUGGGAACGCAAAGAGGCGGAGAAUUUUGAUAAGCCAGAUGUACACUAUCAGGAUGUGUUCUUUGAUGAAGCGCGCACGCAUGGUGUGGGAUACUAUGCCUUCUCCACUGAUGAGGCCGAGCGCAAAGAGCAACAGCGUGAGUUGGAAAAGGCGCGUCAGGCCACGCAUGCAGAGCAAAAGCGACGCGAUGAGCUGCGCGCUCAACGCGAUAAGCUCGUAGCAGAUCGCGUGCUGGCCGCAAAGAAUCGCAUUAGAGCACGCAAUGGGCUGCCGCCAAUUAGCAAGGAGGACUAUGAACGUGAGCAACAGCAAAAACGCGACGAGGCAGCAGCCGAAGCAGCUGAACGGCAGCGUGAGCAAGCUGAUAAGCAACAGAAGCUAGAUGCGGAGCGUGCAGCCGACGAAGCUGAGCGAGAGCAACUACGUAAGGAAUAUGUGCGUGAGUGGGAUAAGGACAAAGGCGACGAUGCGAAUAAGAAAGCCUACCUAGAACAAGAGCCAACUGAGUGGCAAUAUAAGGCCGAGCGCGAACCUAUGUCUCAGGAGCAAUGGAAUGAGCGUCAACGCGCUCUUCGACAGCCAGAAUUUGCACCAAUGCCUGAGCCACAGUCAGAGCUAAAACGAACAAACUUUAGUAGCAUGCCGCCCCCAGCAGCGUUUUUGCCUGGCAGCGAGCGUGAGUUUAAUCCCUUUCAUUCCACUAAACGGGAGAAACAGUUUCAGCGUCGUAACUACACAAAAGCCAGUGAUGAAGAGGAUGAUUGUGAAGCUGCAGUUAGUACUCGUGGAGCCGCCAUACCACCACCUGCCAAUUUGGACACUGCAUAUAGCGGCCCAACAGCAACCAAAAGACCAAAAUCACAAGACGAACUGGAACGUUCCAUUGAGGCGGGUCUCAAGUUUUUGAGAGAGAACUGCGACAAAGGCGUGCUUGGCCACAAAGCUACCUGGACUGCUAAAGCAGAUUAUUAAUGUCAAAUAAAUAGCUUAA